GGUUCGCAUGCGCUCCUGGCUGCAAGAAAAACCUACAGAUUAGCUAGCAGGUAUGUGGCAAAAACUGUUCUUUCAAUUCAAAAUGUAUUUAAUUACAAUGAACUACUAAUUGAAUGGCGUUGUGUAAUGACAUAGCUACAUGUACGACAUUGGAUGGUGGAGAAUGUGAAUUGAACACUAGUUACAAACAUCAGCUUGUUCAAUAACUUGCUAGCUGUUAACUGACAGACUAGCUGAUGCAGGUCCAAUAGCUAGCUAUGCUAGCUAGCUACUAGCCUCGGGGUCUGAGUUGAGUUCAUCGACUGUUUGGCUAAGCACAACCCAAACUGUAGGUAACUUCAUUAUGAAUUUACUUACUGUAGCUAGCUUGCUAUUGCUUUUGCUUGCUGCUAGUAGACUCAACAAAAUGUUAGGACUGUGUCGGGACGCUGUGGGAUAUUAGCUAACAGAAAGGAAUAACCAAAUAAAUCUUUGAUAUGUUGGAUAUCUUACCGGUGUGGGUUUUGUUUGGCCGGGAGGAUUUCAGUGGAUUAACUAAUGUUAACUAGUAACAUUAACAGUUGGCUUGUUUCAUUUCGCUGAUCAAUGUGUAGGUAACUGCCAAAAUAAUGUUAACGCUUGAGUAAAUGGGGGAUACAUAGUGUAUUGAAAGCAGGUUCUUCCACACAGGUAUGGUUAAUGAGUUGUUUAAAGGAAAAUUCCACCCCAAAAAAUAUAUUUUGGGAUUUGUUUCAUUAGUCCAUUGUUGAUAUAGUCCCAAAAUGUUUUCCAUGUCAUCAAUGAAGUUUUCAAGAUCUAUAACUUAAAAAAUAUAGAAAUAUAGCCGGUAUGCUGCAUUUUGCAUCAUUUGAUGUUGCGUUUUCAAGUCAAAUUGUAUUGGUCCCAUACACAUGAUGCUACGUUUUGCAUAUGAUGCAGAAUACAUCAUACCUGCUGUAUUUCUGUAUUUUGAAAGCUAUAUAUCUUGAAAGCUUGAGUGAUGACAUGCAAAACAUUUUGGGACUAUAUCAAUAAUGGACUAAUGAAACAAAUACCAAAAGAUAGUUUUGGGGUAGUUUUCCUUAAAACAAUUAACAUGCAUCAUGCUUAUGGUCAUGUAUAAAAAUGCUGGGCAGGCCAUUAUUUUGGUCAUUAUUUUUGGCUACCAUGGCUAUGCCCCCAUUUGUAGAGUUUAUGCCAAGGCGCAUUGAAUCUAUUCUGGCUUGUGGUGGCCCAACACCCUAUUAAUAAGACACUUUUUAUGUUGGUGUUUCUUCUAUUUUGGCAGUUACCUGUACACUACAGCUACUAGCUAGCUAGCUAGCCAGCACAGGUUGAUCUUGACUCUCAAUAAUGUGGGUUCUUUCCCAGCCUUGUCAUUGAUUCUCCUUUAUCUGCACUCUGAUCUGAAAACACAGGGUAGGUAAAAGCCCAGUUCCUAUAAAUCAGUACAGAUAAAGGAAAGGAGACAAGGAGUUCACACUAUUGCAGAUGCAUACUUGCAAGCCACCAUAUUGCAUUCAACCCUCCCUCAACAGUAACGUCAACAACAGUAACAUGAAAUCUCGUAGCCCGCUAGCUGGCUUUCUUUUUCUAUCCCUAGUUAAUGUUACCGGGUUAGUCAAGAUUUUCUGAUCUAUCUCUGACAGCGUAAUGGCAGGUGAGGAUGAGGAGUUGGUCCAAUCGAGGAAGAGUAGAACUCUGAUCAUCCGCCAUCUCCCAGCUGACCUGUCCAGGGAUGAGAAGCAGGAUCUACUCAAGUACUUUGGUGCCGUGGCAGUCAGAGUGUUCUCUGAUAAAGGAGUACUGGUAGGUCAGACCAUGUAGCCCACUACUGUAUCUUAAGUCUUAGCUGGCUACGGUCUUAACAGUAGAUUGUGCACAAUAAACAACAACAACAUGACAACAAAACAACAUGACAUCAAAACACACAAUACACCAACACUGUCCAAUAACACAUUUUUACAACAAUUGUACAUUAACACUAGAACUGCUGGGUCUCAGAGGGGCCCCCCUUCAAGCUAAGGAGCAGUCAUUCUGACGGCAACAUUCUAACAGUGUCAUUAAUAUAUUUCAUACAGUUGAAGUCGGAAGUUUACAUACACUUAGGUUGGAGUCAUUAAAACUUGUUUUUCAACCACUCCACACAUUUCUUGUUAACAAACUAUAGUUUUGGCAAGUCGGUUAGGACAUCUACUUUGUGCAUGACACAAGUAAUUUUUCCAACAAUUGUUUACAGACCGAUUAUUUAACUUAUAAUUCACUGUAUCACAAUUCCUGUGGGUCAGAAGUUUACAUACACUAAGUUGACUGUGCCUUUAAACAGCUUGGAAAAUACCAGAAAAUGAUGUCAUGGCUUUAGAAGCUUCUAAUAGGCUAAUUGACAUCAUUUGUGUCACCUGUGGAUGUAUUUCAAGGCCUACCUUAAAAUGCAGUGCCUCUUUGCUUGACAUCAUGGGAAAAUCAAAAGAAAUCAGCCAAGACCUCAGAAAAAAAAUUUGUAGACCUCAACAAGUCUGGUUCAUCCUUGGGAGCAAUUUCCAAAUGCCGGAAGGUACCACGUUCGUCUGUACAAACAAUGGUACGCAAGUAUAAACACCAUGGGACCACGCAGCUGUCAUACCGCUCAGGAAGGAGACACGUUCUGUCUCCUAGAGAUGAAUGUACUUUGGUGCGAAAAGUGCAAAUCAAUCCCAGAACAACAGCAAAGGACCUUGUGAAGUUGCUGGAGGAAAUGGGUACAAAAGUAUCUAUAUCCACAGUAAAACGAGUCCUAUAUCGACAUAACCUGAAAGGCCGCUCAGCAAGGAAGAAGCCACUGUUCCAAAACCGCCAUUAAAAGCCAGACUACGGUUUGCAACUGCACAUGGGGACAAAGAUCAUACUUUUUGGAGAAAAGUCCUCUGGUCUGAUGAAACAAAAAUAGAACUGUUUGGCCAUAAUGACCAUUGUUAUGUUUGGAGGUAAAAGGGGGGACUUGCAAUCCGAAGAACACCAUCCCAACGGUGAAGCACGGGGGUGGCACCAUCAUGCUGUGGGGGUGCUUUGCUGCAGGAGGGACUGGUGCACUUCACAAAAUAGAUGGCAUCAUGAGGAAAGAAAAUGAUGUGGAUAUAUUGAAGCAACAUCUCAAGACAUCAGUCAGGAAGUUAAAGUCUUCCAAAUGGACAAUGACUCCAAGCAUACUUCCAAAGUUUUGGCAAAAUGGCUUAAGGACAACAAAGUCAAGGUAUUGGAGUGGCCAUCACAAAGCCUUGACCUCAAUCCUAUAGAAAAUGUGUGGGCAGAACUGAAAAAGCGUGUGCGAGCAAGGAGGCCUACAAACCUGACUCAGUUACACCAGCUCUGUCAGGAGGAAUGGGCCAAAAGUCACCCAACUUAUUGUGAGAAGCUUGUGGAAGGCUACCUGAAAAGUUUGACCCAAGUUAAACAAUUUAAAGGAAAUGCUACCAAAUACUAAUUGAGUGUAUGUAAACUUCUGACCCACUGGUAAUGUGAUGAAAGAAUUAAAAGCUGAAAUAAAUAAUUCUCUCUACUAUUAUUCUGACAUUUCACAUUCUUAAAAUAAAGUGGUGAUCCUAACUGACCUAAGACAGGGAAUUUUUACAAUGAUUAAAUGUCAGGAAUUGUGAAAAACUGAGUUUAAAUGUAUUUGGCUAAGGUGUAUGUAAACUUCCAACUUCAACUGUAUACAGUGGGGGUAAAAAGUAUUUAGUCAGCCACCAAUUGUGCAAGUUCUCCCACUAUGACAGACAAAUAGAGAUUUUUUUUCUCCAGAAAAUCACAUUGUAGGAUUUUUAAUGAAUUUAUUUGCAAAUUAUGGUGGAAAAUAAGUAUUUGGUCACCUACAAACAAGCAAGAUGUCUGGCUCUCACAGACCUGUAACUUCUUCUUUAAGAGGCUCCUCUGUCCUCCACUCGUUACCUGUAUUAAUGGCACCUGUUUGAACUUGUUAUCAGUAUAAAAGACACCUGUCCACAACCUCAAACAGUCACACUCCAAACUCCACUAUGGCCAAGACCAAAGAGCUGUCAAAGGACACCAGAAACAAAAUUGUAGACCUGUACCAGGCUGGGAAGACUGAAUCUGCAAUAGGUAAGCAGCUUGGUUUGAAGAAAUCAACUGUGGGAGCAAUUAUUAGGAAAUGGAAGACAUACAAGACCACUGAUAAUCUCCCUCGAUCUGGGGCUCCACGCAAGAUCUCACCCCGUGGGGUCAAAAUGAUCACAAGAACGGUGAGCAAAAAUCCCAGAACCACACGGGGGGACCUAGUGAAUGACCUGCAGAGAGCUGGGACCAAAGUAACAAAGCCUACCAUCAGUAACACACUACGCCGCCAGGGACUCAAAUCCUGCAGUGCCAGACGUGUCCCCCUGCUUAAGCCAGUACAUGUCCAGGCCCGUCUGAAGUUUGCUAGAGUGCAUUUGGAUGAUCCAGAAGAGGAUUGGGAGAAUGUCAUAUGGUCAGAUGAAACCAAAAUAGAACUUUUUGGUAAAAACUCAACUCGUCGUGUUUGGAGGACAAAGAAUGCUGAGUUGCAUCCAAAGAACACCAUACCUACUGUGAAGCAUGGGGGGUGGAAACAUCAUGCUUUGGGGCUGUUUUUCUGCAAAAGGACCAGGACGACUGAUCCGUGUAAAGGAAAGAAUGAAUGGGGCCAUGUAUCAUGAGAUUUUGAUUGAAAACCUCCUUCCAUCAGCAAGGGCAUUGAAGAUGAAAUGUGGCUGGGUCUUUCAGCAUGACAAUGAUCACCUUGAAAACCUUGUGAAGACUUACAGAAAACGUUUGACCUGUGUCAUUGCCAACAAAGGGUAUAUAACAAAGUAUUGAGAAACUUUUGUUAUUGACCAAAUACUUAUUUUCCACCAUAAUUUGCAAAUAAAUUCAUAAAAAAUCCUACAAUGUGAUUUUCUGGAAAAAAAAUUCUCAUUUUGUCUGUCAUAGUUGACAUGUACCUAUGAUGAAAAUUACAGGCCUCUCUCAUCUUUUUAAGUGGGAGAACUUGCACAAUUGGUGGCUGACUAAAUACUUUUUUUCCCCCACUGUAUGCUAUUGCAAAAAUCAUAUGGUUGUGUUUAUGAAGGCCUUGGGUAACAUUAGAAUACUAUAUAUUUUUUUUCAUUUAAAAUAACACAAGUGUUUUCAUUAGUUUAUGUUACUGUAGGCUAUAUGUAAAAACGCCAAAAUUCAAAAGACGCGUGGUCAAUGAAAACAUCAAAUCAAAUUUUAUUGGUCACGUACACAUGUUUAGCAGAUGUUAUUGCAGGUGUAGCGAAAUGCUCAGUAGCGUAAACGUCAUUAAGUGCCAAGUGGCCUUGAUAAAUAGUGAAACUCGCCACAAAAGCAAUAAAUGCAGUAUAAUGAAUAUGUGUCGAUAUGACAACAGUAAAAAAUAGUAAGUUAUUGUCAGCUCGUGUUUACAUUGUGUGCAUCUUUACACAAUGGCAUCAGUUGGAUUUCACUGACCUGUUACCCAUGUCCUAACAGUUGACAGAACUUUCAUAACUUUAACUUGCUUGACACACUUUGACAUACCUUUGUCUUAUUGUAGUGCGUAAUAGUCUCCGGUUUUCUCUUUGUGUUCUCGUUGUCUUGUCAUUGUAAGGCUGUACAGGUCCAGAAGAAUAGAAUGGCCCGCCCUGUUCUUCAAUCACAAUUAGUGAUUACAUAAUUAUGCAUGUUUGCUUCCCCUCGUUCAUCAACUCACCCAUUCUCCCCCUUUCUCCCCAUCAUACUGGAGAACGCGUUUCCACUGCUCCAGAGUCCAAUGGCGGCGAGCUUUACACCACUCCAUCUGACAGUUGGCAUUGUGCAUGGUGAUCUUAGGCUUGUGUGCGGCUGCUCGGCCAUGGAAAGUCAUUUCAUGAUGCUCCCGACUAACAGUUCUUGUGCUGACGUUGUUUCCAGAGGCAGUUUGGAACUCACAACCGAGGACAAACGAUUUUUACGCGCUACACACUUCAGCACUCGUGGUCCCAUUCUAUGAGCUUGUGUGGCCUACCACUUCACGGCUGAUCUGUUGUUGCUCCUAGACGUUUCCACUUCACAAUAACAGCACUUACAGUUGACCGGAGCAGCUCUAGCAGGGUAUAAAUUUGACGAACUGACUUGUUGGACAGGUGGCAUCCUAUGACGAUGCCAUGUUGAAAGUAUCUAACAAUUCACAACAAUACACAAAUCUAAAAGUCAAACAAUGGAAUUAAGAAAUAUAUAAAUAUUAGGACGAGCAAUGUCGGAGUGGCAUUGACUAAAAUACAGUAGAAUAGAAUACAGUAUAUACAUAUGAGAUGAGUAAAGCAGUAUGCAAACUUCUUCUUGAGCCACUCCUUUGUUGCCUUGGCCGUGUGUUUUGGGUCAUUGUCAUGCUGGAAUACCCAUCCACGACCCAUUUUCAAUGCCCUGGCUGAGGGAAAGAGGUUCUCACCCAAGAUUUGACGGUACAUGGCCACGUACAUCGUCCCUUUGAUGCGGUAAAGUUGUCCUGUCCCCUUAGCAGAAAAACACCCCCAAAGCAUAAUGUUUCCACCUCCAUGUUUGACGGUGGGGAUGGUGUUCUUGGGGUCAUAGGCAGCAUUCCUCCUCCAACACGGCGAGUUGAGUUGAUGCCAAAGAGCUCCAUUUUGGUCUCAUCUGACCACAACACUUUCACCCAUUUCUCCUCUGAAUCAUUCAGAUGUUCAUUGCCAAACUUCAGACAGGCCUGUAUAUGUGCUUUCUUGAGCAGGGGGACCUUGCGAGCGCUGCAGGAUUUCAGUCCUUCACAACGUAGUGUGCUACUAAUUGUUUUCUUGGUGACUAUGGUCCCAGCUGCCUUGAGAUCAUUGACAAGAUCCUCCCGUGUAGUUCUGGGCUGAUUCCUCACCGUUCUCAUGAUCAUUGCAACUCCACGAGGUGAGAUCUUGCAAGGAGCCCCAGGCUGAGGGAGAUUGACAGUUUUUUUGUGUUUCUUCCAUUUGCGAAUAAUCGCACCAACUGUUGUCACCUUCUCACCAAGCUGCUUGGCGAUGGUCUUGUAGCCCAUUCCAGCCUUGUGUAGGUCUACAAUCUUGUCCCUGACAUCCUUGGAGAGCUCUUUGGUCUUGGCCAUGGUGGAGAGUUUGGAAUCUGAUUGAUUGAUUGCUUCUGUGGACAGGUGUCUUUUAUACAGGUAACAAGCUGAGAUUAGGAGCACUCCCUUUAAGAGUGUGCUCCUAAUCUCAGCUCGUUACCUGUAUAAAAGACACCUGGGAGCCAGAAAUCUUUCUGAUUGAGAGGGGGUCAAAUACUUAUUUCCCUCAUUAAAAUGCAAAUCAAUUUAUAACAUUUUUUACAUGCAUUUUUCAGGAUUUUUUUGUUAUUCUGUCUCUCACUGUUCAAAUAAACCUAUCAUUAAAAUGAUAGACUGAUCAUUUCUUUGUCAGUGGGCAAACGUACAAAAUCAGCAGGGGAUCAAAUACUUUUUUCCCUCACUGUAUAUAGGGCAGCAGCCUCUAAGGUGCAGGGUUUAGUAGCCGGGUGGUAGCAGGCUAGUGAUGGCUAUUUAACAGUCUGAUGGCCUUGAGAUAGAAGCUGUUUUUCAGUCUCUCGUCCCAGCUUUGAUGCACCUGUACUGACCUCGCCUUCUGGAUGAUAGCGGGGUGAACAAGCAGUGGCUCAGGUGGUUGAUGUCCUUGACUGUCUUUUUGGCCUUCCUGUGACAUCGGGUGCUGUAGGUGUCCUGGAGGGCAGGCAGUGUGCCUCCGGUGAUGCGUUGGGCAGACCGUACCACCAUCUGGAGAGCCCUGCAUUUGUGGGGGGUGCAGUUGCCAUACCAGGUGGUGUUACAGCCCGACAGGAUGUGCUCAAUUGUGCAUCUGUAAAAGUUUCUGAGGGUCUUAGGGGCCAAGCCGAAUUUCUUCAGCCUCCUGAGGUUGAAGAGGGGUGUUGCGCCUUCUUCACCACACUGUCUUUGUGGGUGGACCAUUUCAGAUUGUCGGUGAUGUGUACGCCGAGGAACUUGAAGCUUUCCACCUUCUCCACUGCGGUCCCGUCGAUGUGGAUAGGGAGGGGUACUCCCUCUGCUGUUUCCUGAAGUCCACGAUCAGCUCCUUUGUUUUGUUGACGUUGAGGGAGAUGUUAUUUUCCUGGCACCACUCUGCCAGGGCCCUCACCUCCUCCCUGUAGGCUGUCUGGUCAUUGUUGCUAAUCAGGCCUACUACUGUUGUGUCGUCUGCAAACUUGAUGAUUGAGUUGGAGGCGUGCGUGGCCACGCAGUCAUGGGUGAACAGGGAGUACAGGAGGGGGCUGAGCAUGCACGCUUGUGGGGCCCGUGUUGAGGAUCAGUGAAGUGGAGGUGUUGUUUCCUACCUUCACCACCUGGGGGGCGGCCCGUCAAGAAGUCCAGGACCCAGUUGCACAGGGCGGGGUUCAGACCCAGGGUCCCGAGCUUAAUGAUGAGCUUGGAGGGUACUAUGGUGUUGAAGGCUGAGCUAUAGUCAAUGAACAGCAUUCUGACGUAGGUAUUCCUCUUGUCAAGAUGGGAUAUGGCAUUACUCAUUUCGAUGGCGAUUGCAUCGUCUGUGGAUCUAUUGGGGUGGUAAGCAAAUUGAAGUGGGUCUAGGGUGUAAGGUACAGGUGAUAUGAUCCUUAACUAGCCUCUCAAAGCACUUCAUGAAGUGAGUGCUACGGGGCGAUAGUCAUUUAGUUCAGUUACCUUGGCUUUCUUGGGUACAAGAACAAUGGUGGACAUCUUGAAGCAAGUGGUGACAGCAGACUGGGAUAGGGAGAGAUUGAAUAUGUCCAUAAACACUCCAGCCAACUGGUCUGCGAAUGCUCUGAGGACGCGGCUAGGAAUGCCGUCUGGGCCGGCAGCCUUGCGAGGGUUAACACGCUUAAAUGUCUUACUCACUUCGGCCACGGAGAAUGAGAGCCCACAGUCCUUGGGAGCGGGCCGCGUCGGUGGCACUCUGUUAUCCUGAAAGCGGGCAAAUAAGGUGUUUAGCUUGUCUGGGAGCAAGAUGUCGGUGUCCGUGACGUGGCUGGUUUUCCCUUUGUAAUAUAUGAUUAUUUAGGAAAAGUCAAGGAUGGAGGGGGAUAUUGACUUAAAAAAUGGCAGAGUAAUAAACAAAUAAAAAAUCAUGAGCAGUCAGAAUGACUGCUUUAGCGGUUCUCCUGUUAAUGCAAUUACAUUCUUAUACCUCCAGAGACACACAGCCUUUGCAACAUUUGGGAGUGAAAAGUCUGCAGCAAAGGUAGGCUAAUUGUUUCUGCAUUCAGUAGUAGUUCAUUAUCAUAUUACAUGAUGUAAAUUAGAGUUAUAGUAAUAGGAUAUAGUAAAACCUGUAUUCUCUCCCCUGUCCUGCAGGCUCUGAGCAGGCUUCACCAGCUGCAGAUCCUCAACCAUACCCUGGUGGUGGAGUUUGCCAAAGACCAGGAACAUGUGACGGUGCUGAAAGACCCACCUGUGUCAGACAGGUAAUUUAUCUCAACUGGGUGAGACAGUCAAAUAUGUUCAGUUGUAAAGCAAAACGUGUCUAGUGUAUAUUAAACCCUUUGUCUUUCUCAGUGCAACAGAUGUCAAAGACGUGAAGAAGAAAAAGGAGGUGAAACAACCGACUAUACCGCUGAUAGAGACUGGCACUGCACCCAAACUCGGGUAAUUGUGUGCAUGUGUGUGUCUUGAGACUGACGCUGUGCGUGUGUGUUGCCUGGGGGAUGACUGACUGAGACUCAGCCGGAAUCUCCAAUGAGGAGCUGUCAGCAUUCUCAUGUCCAAUUAUAACCCCAGGUCUCAGGUCUGUGGCUGAGCACAUCAGCACUGACAGGUCAGGUCUGUGGCUUGGUGCUCGGCAGUGACAUCAGCAGUGACAGGCCAUCUGCUGCUGCCAGUUGGUGGCACCAGGUGGCCUUUGAUAAAGACACUCAGGGCUGAGGUGUGAGGUGUCAUGGCACUAUGAGAAGUCACCUAUCCUACCCAGCACACACAUUGGGGGUUGAUUUGUCUGUCAGUUAUUCGAGGGUAUGUGCAUUAUCGUAGUUGGAUGAAAUGCAUGUGUACAGUCAUUUUUAGUAAUUAUGUGGCUGUGAAGCCCCAGUAAGCCUACAGCAAGACUUGCAGAAAGAUGGGCUUUAGGUUUGGUUUCUCAAUCCUAUACUGAAAGGGCUUUUUAGUCCAGGAAUAGGCUUAUUCCAGGAAAGCGACCCAUUGAGUUUAUGGUCCCUCGACAUUCAGUUACAAAAGAUUAAUUUUUUAAUGCAGGUAAUGACUUUGUUCAUUAAAAGGCCCCCAUACUCUGAGUGUAAAUAUACUUUGAGUUGAAUGAGUUUCAGCCUCCAUGGCUGGCACAGAACACGGCCUAGCCUAAGCACAGUCCUUUGUCAUUACACGAGAACAGACCUUGAAUAGAUGCUGAGAUAGCAUACUGGUCUCAACGUCCCUGAAUAGGAAGUGUGAUAUUGAGUAUAUUUCAGUCGCAUGCUGCGCAGGUUGUUAAGGAAAAAGGCAGCCAAAGCCCGCUUCUAAACCUCAGUGGCCUGCUUACAUAUUUAUGCGGCCCCAUUAUUUUGACUUAUUUUGUUUCUGGUAUUAUUUUUGCGUGUUAGGAGACCGUACGUUCGUAGGUAGCGCUUGACAUGUUUUAUGUGCUUAUUAUUCUGUUUUCUGUGGGGGUUUUUCUUCAUUCUCUGCAGGUUGAAAUUUCAAACAAAUCCCAGUCUGAAAUAUUUAUACCCACCUCCUUCGAAUGGGAUCCUGACAAACAUAACACAUGCCCUUCUGAGCGUACCAAAGUUCUACGUUCAGGUGAGUACAUCCUGCAAAGUGAUAUUUCCUUCUGUGUUGGUUUAUUUAUGAGCUCAUGCUGGGAAAUGUAUUUAUGCAAAUAUAUAUAUUAUUCCUCAUAUCUCUGUGCAUUUAUUUAUUCCACAGUUACAUUUUCUUAUUUUAACCUUAGAGAAAAACAAUUAUGUUAACAAAAUAACAUUUAUAUAUUCUUGACUCAGAACAUGUCUCUAGUGUUUUUUUUUUUUGCCACAUCCAACACACUUUAAAGAUCAAACAGCAAACAUUUGCCUGGGAAAUUACAAUUAAGGGAGCAAAUUAUAAGUGGGAGGCAUGAGUAAUGGGUUUAACAUUUCCCUCCAUGCUGCUGGGCUGUCCUUCUUACUCUCUGGGAACUAUUCACAGCUGCAGUACCUCAUAAUGGUCUCUUGGUGGCGCUAGUGUGUUGUGGAAGGGCAUGCCAUUGUCCUAACAAUGCAGGCACUCUCCUCACUCACUCACUACCUCACCCAUCCACUGUAUAUUUCCAUUGGUAAAUGCUGCAGACAUAUGCUCUCCUUGCAAUCUGUGUUGCAUAUGGAGCUGAGGUCACAAUGACUGUGUGUUUGUGUUGCUAGCAUAGACAUUAAAACCAGUAGAUGGUGGUAGUGCUGAUGUCAUCCACGUAUUCCUAUUGAAAACUCCCAUUGGCGCAUGAAGCCAGAAGUAUUUGAAUUUGAAGCGCGCCAUAUUGCUGAAUGGCACCAAAAAAUCGCUAAGGAUCAUGGUGAAAGUGGCCAUAAUUAUCAAAGGAUCAUGGUCGAUGUAGUCGUUUUCAUCCUGACUGAGAGGGUCAACUGGAGCCUCCUCGUAGCCUGCCCGCCUGUGAUUGGUUUGUGUCAGUACGUGUGACGACAAAUGUAGUAGUCAGAAUGGAUCACUAUUUCAUAAAAUAUCUCGAUGUGUACCGAACUUUAAAAUAAUUCACCAUGGGGAUCGAAUUUGAUCAUAAUAAACUAAUUUUAAAGGCCAAAUAGGCUGCUAACAUUUUUAUUGGGGGCUGUUCUGGCGAUCGUAAUUUACACAGUAGCCACCCAGCAGAGCUUGUGACUUCGCGCUCCAGACUGGACACUGGGGGCCUGGUUGCUAGUGUGUGUUUGUGAUGUUGGCACAGUCACGCCAAUCCGCCCAGACAUUUUACAAUAAAUGAUUGGAUUCAGAGCUUCAGCUAGCUAAACCUUUAAGAAGUGGAGCGUCGUAGUCUGGCUGUUACAGUACAGUGUGUUGUCAUCCCAACAGGUCCUUCACCUGAUGAACAAGAUGAACCUACCGUCUCCGUUCGGCCCUAUCACAGCAAGACCUCCGAUGGUGAGAUUACAGGAUCACACUCCAACACACAGAUUAGUAGAUUAUAUACUAGCUUCAUUAUACUAGCUUCAUUAUAUACUAGCUAGAUUAUGGAGACCAUACUCCAAGACCCAGAUUAUUGUCACAACUAGACUAGAUUGUCCAAUACCUAUAAUAUACACUAGUUAGAUUUCAAUCCCAUCUGUGGAUGUAGACUAGUGUUACCACGUCUUUGUGUGUGAUUGUAUGAAAGAUUGCGUACUGUAGCAGGUCUUGUAAAUUCAGGCCUCAAUGAAUAUAUUCUCUUUCUCCCCUUAGUAUGAGAUGUAUCCUGCCCCCCCUCCACCUAUGCCGCCCCCCUAUCCUCCCCACUACCCCCCCUUACCAGCAGAUGAGAUGGAUUUCUCCAGUGAGGAGGGGUCUGAGUAUGAGAGUGGCGAUGACGAGGACAAAGAGAGGUGAGGGACCAAUCACACUUCUUUAUUGGCGAUUGAUUUAAAUUUCAACCAAUAAAAUCAGUUUAGAGGCUGCCCCCUGUCAAUGUCUUUUGGUCUCAAGCCAAAUGAUUACAAGAGAUAUGAGAUUUUUAUGUUUUUGUGUGGUAGCUGUACCUGUAUUUUUUCCUUCACAGCUAGCAAUUUGCUCUAACAUAUCCAAAUGGGUUGUUGCAAUGAAUGUUGAGUCACAUUAUUCUGACGGUAUUUCACAGUAUACCACUAUUUCCCCUGUGCCAUUUCUAGAGCAGUCAUAAUUUGCACAGUGGCGUGAAUGUCUAGGCUGCUUUUAUUUCCUUUUGUUGAUUUCUUCUCCAGGAUGAUUCGCCUGAUGGGUCUGGUCAACCAAGCAUGCAAGAGACCCCUGAGAACUAAAGUGUCCUCCAAGAGAAAGAAACCCAAGUUCAAGGACCUUCUCUUUGUCCCAAAGCCCGACUCUCAGAGGUACCCAGCCACUCAUGCACAUCAACCCUCUCCCUCCUCUUCUUAAUCUAUUGUCAACUUUAAAAUAUGCAGUUUUCUGUUUGAAAGGUACAGGGUUGUCUGUCUGAAGGGCCAGACAACAUAACUAGCUGUGAAGGAUUUAUCCUCCUUCCAAACAACAUUUCUCACUCACAAUAGUCCGCCAAUGUGGCUUUGGCUGCAUAUUGGAUAUCUGCCUGCACCUUGUGUAACCCCAAAAUAGAUCAGACCACAAACUCAGUUUGAAGAGAGUAGAAAUUCCACAAACGCACUCUAAAUGUUCCCUGAGCCUACACAGUGGACUGGGAAAUAUCAAGCUGACCAGAAAAAAAGAUAAACUAGCUAGAUUCACAGAGAAAUACAGUUUACUGUGCCCAGUGCCAGACCCUGGUGUUUAGUGGUGUAUGUUAGCUUUCUGGUGAUCUCUCAGUGCUCCAGGGCCCAUCCUGCAGCCAUCGGAUGUGUUUGAGCAGCCCCAGCCCUGCGGACAGAAGAAGAUUGAGUUCCACAUUUCAACAGAUGUGUCGGCCAUACUGGAAGGAGGAGGAAUCAGCUCCAACCAGCCACAGGAGCCCACUGAGCCAGCUGAGGAGGCUGAAGGUAGGGCCUCAGACUCGGACUCGCCACAGGGCCAGGCUGCACCCCUCUGGGAAACACACACACUACCCACAGUUUCAGUGGUCUAAGGUUACAUCCAAAAUGGCACCCUAUUCCCUAUAUAAUGCACUAGAUUUGUCCCUAUUGGCCCUGGUCAAAAGGAGUGUACUGUAUAGGGAAUAGGGUGCCAUUUCAAAUGCAUCCAUAACAGUCAGGAUGGAGCUUCUAUUCCUUGAGACUUGAAGAACAGUUUGAAGGGGGAAUUUAACAUGUCAACUCAAAAGAUUGAGAAGAUAAUAUUAUAGGCCACACAAAGGUUAUAAUGAAGCGUUAUCAUAUUGUAGCACAUUUUGAAUGGUAAUAAUGAGGAAUCAUAGAAUUAUGUAAAAGGCUUUUAACACCUCCAUUUUAUUGGAACAUCUGUGAUUCCAUGGUUACAAUACAAAUGGAUUAAUUUCAAUCAGUAGCCGCACCACUAGAGGAAUCACAGGAUAUGCUGCAUUGUAUUUCAAGGCUUCUAUAGAAUGCACUAUAGAAUUAUCAAAGCAGGAAGGUGUUUCAUUAUUAUCAGGAUUAGAGAUAUUUCAUUUUGUGGCACUGUGUGUUGUCACCUGCCACCCUGACUGGCUGUCGCAGCUUGUCUUAUCUUCUGUCUCUUAUAAGCCACCCUCUUCCCAUGAAUCCACUCUUGUCCCAACUCCCGAGAAAUAAAAUGGAUCUAAAAAGUCAAAUGCAAAAGAUUGUCUAACGCAUAGAAGACUAACUGUGGCAGGUGGGUUUGUGGAUUAUUCUUGUUUUGGGGUGCUGAUAAACAACCCGUUUAAAUGAAGCAAAGGGGUGUGAUAAGGAGGAGGAUCAUUUGAAAAAUUCUCUACUGAGAAUUUAUCAGAACAGCCCUGGCAUUCCGCACCGGUGGGCGCGCACGCUAGAUGUGUAUGACAAGUUUCCAGAGGAUUUGUAUAAGCUUGCUGCUCAUAAUUUUGUGUGUGCGCGCACCUCAGAGUGCCCAAUUACCUUUUACCUCAGCCUUAAGUGAAAGUUCCAUGGAGCUGUGCUUGCUAAUAGCUCUGUUAUUUUACCAAAACAGUCCACAUAGCAGUAGCAGUCAACUAAUGCUUUGAACAAUCUCUUUUAAACCCUGACAAACGUAUCAUUUGUUUAUUGCAGCUUGUCCACUCAUUACAGUAGACUGGUUCAGCCUAAACAUUUAAUACGAUUUCCAAUGUAUUAAUUACAUAAGCCAAAUAAACAUGACAUUUGAGACUAAUAAUCCUCUAUCUGUCCCAGUAGCAGCUGAGGAGAUGCAGGCCACCACCACUACAGAGGAGGAUCCAGGGGAGGGCUUUGGGAAGAUCUACCCUGCCGCCCAGGCCUCCCAGCUGGAGGAGGACAGUGAUGAGGACGAGGAUGUCCCCUCUGAUGUCAUCUCCAGGAAGGAACUGGAUAAGGGACGGCUGUCCAGAGACGGUACACUACCUACCAGAUCACUACAGCCUUAGAUCUACAGAUACCCGUCAAUAUGUAGACAUAGGACAUCACAACAUGUACCAAACCACUACACUACUCUGUCUGGGUAGCUCAGACACUUCUCACUUUACCAGAUCACUAAACUACUCUGUCUGGGUAGCUGACACCACUCUCUAAGCAUUUAAAUGUUUAAAGGGCACAAUUAUUUGAAAAUGCUGAGAGAAAUGUGUAGUGUCUGGAUUUGUAACUGUUGGGGGUGUUGAGAUCAAAACAUGCCUUUUUUAAUGAUACCUGUCAUUCUAACUAUAGGGAGUGACUCAAUGUUUGGCCUUGAAUUUAAAUAAGGUUUGAAUAGCCAUCAGAUUGGCAGAGGCACCCCUGUGGUCUUCUGUAGCUGUUUGUAUUGAAGUAGGACUGGGGUUGACUGGCUUCUUCUCUUUCCUCUCUUUCAAACCAGAGAUUAAAAGGAUGUCGGUGUAUAAAAAUUAUGAACCUGGAGAGCCGACCAGCAGACUUUACGUGAAGAACAUUGCCAAGUCAGUGGAAGAGAAAGUAGGUACCUUUUUAUACUACAGAGUUGACAAACUUUCAAUGUGUAUGUUUAGUUUACAAACGUUUGCUUCUAGUCUUCUGCUUCUCCUGUCUAAUCCCAUCAAAUCAUGUACAGUGAGGGAAAAAAGUAUUUGAUCUCCUGCUGAUUUUGUACGUUUGCCCACUGACAAAGACAUGAUCUGUCUAUAAUUUAAUGGUAGGUUUAUUUGAACAGUGAGAGACAGAAUAACAACAAAAAAAUCCAGAAAAACGCAUGUCAAAAAUGUUAUAAAUUGAUUAGCAGAAAAACACCCCCAAAGCAUAAUGUUUCCACCUCCAUGUUUGACGGUGGGGAUGGUGUUCUUGGGGUCAUAGGCAGCAUUCUUCCUCCUCCAAACACGGCGAGUUGAGUUGAUGCCAAAGAGCUCGAUUUUGGUCUUAUCUGACCACAACACUUUCACCCAGUUCUCCUCUGAAUCAUUCAGAUGUUCAUUGGCAAACUUCAGACGGCCCUGUAUAUGUGCUUUCUUGAGCAGGGGGACCAUGCGGGCGCUGCAGGAUUUCAGUCCUUCACGGCGUUGUGUGUUACCAAUUGUUUUCUUGGUGACUAUGGUCCCAGCUGCCUUGAGAUCAUUGACAAGAUCCUCCCGUGUAGUUCUGGGCUGAUUCCUCACCGUUCUCAUGAUCAUUGCAACUCCACGAGGUGAGAUCUUGCAUGGAGCCCCAGGCCGAGGGAGAUUGACAGUUAUUUUGUGUUUCUUCCAUUUGCGAAUAAUCGCACCAACUGUUGUCACCUGCUCACCAAGCUGCUUGGCGAUGGUCUUGUAGCCCAUUCCAGCCUUGUGUAGGUCUACAAUCUUGUCCCUGACAUCCUUGGAGAGCUCUUUGGUCUUGGCCAUGGUGGAGAGUUUGGAAUCUGAUUGAUUGAUCGCUUCUGUGGACAGGUGUCUUUUAUACAGGUAACAAGCUGAGAUUAGGAGCAGUCCCUUUAAGAGUGUGCUCCUAAUCUCAGUUCGUUACCUGUAUAAAAGACACCUGGGAGCCAGAAAUCUUUCUAAUUGAGAGGGGGUCAAUUACUUAUUUCCCUCAUUAAAAUGCAAAUCAAUUUAUAACAUUUUUGACAUGCGUUUUUCUGGAUUUUUUUGUUGUUAUUCUGUCUCUCACUAUUCAAAUAAACCUACCAUUAAAAUUAUAGAAUUAUCAUUUCUUUGUCAGAGGGCAAACGUACAAAAUCAGCAGGGGAUCAAAUACUUUUUUCCCUCACUGUGUAAUGUGGUGUUAUGAUAACGUUAUGCUGAUGGUGGCUAUUUGUUAUUCUCUGUAUUGCAGGAUCUGAAAUACAUCUAUGGGAGAUACAUCGACGUCUCAUCUGAGGCAGAGAGAAAUAUGUAUGUAUUGAGACAUUGCUUGCGGUGUACGGUGCUUCAAAUCAAAAUCGAAUCUUUAGGAUAUCUUUGAGAAUGAUCUGUCACUUCUCUCCCCCAGGUUUGACAUAGUGAAUGUGUAGACUAGGCAUCAGUGAGAAUAACCUCUCCCUUGUCUCUGCCUCAGGUUUGACAUAGUGCUGAUGAAGGAGGGUCGUAUGAAGGGCCAGGCAUUCGUAGGACUCCCCAGUGAGAGGAGUGCAGAGAAGGCCCUGAGAGACACCAACGGUUUCGUCCUCUAUGACAAGCCCCUCGUCGUUGUAUCCUUUACUUCUAAUCAAAGAUAAAACAGACAAAUAUAUACUUUAAACAAUCAUUAAGAAUAUAUUUAUAUAUUUAAUUUAAAUGUAAUCAAAACAGUUUUAACAAUUAUAAAGCAAGGUUGGUAUUUGAAAUUCUCUAGAGAUACAUAUUACGCUUAGUGCAUAAGUUUGUUUCUUAGUUUGUGUGAUGUUUCCUGUACAAUAUGUGUAUGUUAACUGUUUCCGACCUUAACUCAGACCUCCCAGUCGUUUGCCAGGUCUGCCAGACCUAAAGCGGACGCCCCGGACCCCAAGAAAGGACCCAAACGAACCCGAUGAACAGGUGAGAAGGGUUCUUCUGCUCCUCUAGGUCCAUAUUAUGUUGUCUCACUGACUUCUGAAAAAUAUAAAUAGAACUCUUGAAAUAUAACUCCUGUGCUGAAUGUUGAUUCAAAGAAGUAUUGAUUUAAAAAAAGAUAGGCCUAAUCUGAGAAAUUCAAGCUAUUUAUUAGUGAAUUUAUUAUAGUUCUGUAUCUAAAACAUGAUCCCUAUAUUUAUCUAAAACACUAUCUGUAUCUUUAAAUUUUUUGUUUAAGAUAUUGAUGUCAAGUUGACGUUACAUGGUGAUAGUGUGGCCCAGCAGUCAGUACCAUUUGUAUCCUUCUGAGUCUGUCAUAUCCUUUCCAAAACACAUCAUACCAUCAUGAUACCUGUCUGUUUUCUCUGCUUGGGUAUACAACCAGGCUAUUCUGUAAUUACCGGUACCUUGGAGUUAAAACACCAAACAUUAAGCCUAGUUAUAAUAUCCAGUGAAAUCAAUAGCAGUUUUAAAAUGAUAGGUUACAACCUAACUCCCUAACACAGAAGAAACGUCAUAUUAAAAAUAAAAAUAAAUCACAAUAUACAGUCUUAUGGGGUUUUAUUUUCUGAUGAGGGACAUAAAUGUAAUAAAACACACCUGUUUCUAUCCUUCCAACAUGCACACACACCAAUUCUUGCAUAAAUUGUAGAGCCUGGAGUCAGUGUUUUAUUUAUCUGAAAUGUUCUUCUCCCCUGAUAUUAAAUCUUUUUUGCUGUUGCUGUGAGAUGUAGUAUUUCUAAUCUGUAAAAAUCUCCCCCUUUCAAUAUUUGACAUCUCCCCUGUUUGGUUCUGAACUACAGGUGAUGGAAUCCUCUGCAAAGCUGAAGACAACAAGUUAGGAAUAUAAUUUCUUCUGUUUUAACAAAUAAAAACAUAUUUUUUUAUAUAUAUAUUGUCUUUGCCUAUAAAUGCCUAAUAGUCCACUGUAAGGUCUUUAUUUAUUAAUUAUUAUUUUUGUAUAUUUUACAUAAUCACACAAUGUCAAAUUUGCCUAAUUACAAAAUAUAGAUAUGAAUUUACACCAUUUUGUAGCAUUGGUGAACCAUCUGUAGGGUCACAGGAGUUUUCAACCUCAGAAAGUGAUAACUGAACAGGAGAGAGAGAAGGUAAAUGUAGACUGAAAGCAAAUUGAAAUCUAGAUUGGCUGUAAGCUACAGAUGGUGGUGUCAAAGUUGUAGAGUAACACUCUUGAGGAGAAUGUGAGCGAUGAUGCUGGUAGGCAGGGACUGAGUCCAUAAGCUUAGCUGUACCCUGCUCUCUGUACUCUGAAUGCAUGAUGAUUGAUAUAUUUAUUGGGGAUAGACCAAAGUACACACUGUAGGAAGGUGAGCAGUGCCAACAAAACAGACAGAAUUGUUUAUUAAAAUCACUUUUCUUGUAUUGUCAGUUCCAUGCCUCAUUUCAUGAAGAUAAUCAGUCACCCAUUCAUUAUGGAGGACUAAAAGUGCCACAAUUAAAUAAAUAAAUACACCAUUAAAUAAUUACUUAAAUGUGUCAUUAAUUAAUUAAAAUUAGAAUUAAAUACAUAAAUGUGUAAUUAAAUGUAUCAUUAAUUAAUUCAAAUACCGAUUCAUUUUAUGUAAAAUACAUAUAUAAUUAUUUCACUAUUUACAUUUACAUUUCAUGAUCCUGCAUUGCAGUGAUUCAUGAAUUACUUAAAACUGUCAAACUGACCCAUCAAAGUCAGUGGGCGGGGCUAACGCGAAUCUAGUCUGAUCCAUUGCUUUGGUCUGAAGUAGAGUAGGCCAACCUGGAUAGAGACAAUGGAGGAUCUCCGUGAACUUUCCAGGGAGUUGGUUAGAGACAUUUUAAACUUAGCAGAGGAUGUAGAAGCAGGACCUGCUGACAUUAUCCGGAAUUGAUUUGUCUUGGCUUGAUGCAGAGGGUAACCAAUCAGGCGUUAGGUUCCGCCUACCAACUUUUGAUGGGUCAGUUUGACAGUUUUAAGUAAUUCAUGAAUCACUGCAAUGCAGGAUCAUGAAAUGUAAAUGUAAAUAGUGAAAUAAUUAUAUAUGUAUUUUACAUAAAAUGAAUCGGUAUUUGAAUUCAUUAAUGAUACAUUUAAUUACACAUUUAUGUAUUUAAUUCUAAUUUUAAUUAAUUAAUGACACAUUUAAGUAAUUAUUUAAUGGUGUAUUUAUUUAUUUAAUUGUGGCACUUUUAGUCCUCCAUAAUUCAUAUGUUUAGCACCAAUAUAUGGUAUUAGCAAUAUAUGGUAGCAUUUGCAUGACUUGCACCCACUGCUGCAGAGACUGACCAGGGUCUCUCAGUUACUGCCCUGCCCACUGAGGGUGCUUGAUCUGUGGGCUUCAGAAGAGGAACAGCUCCCUGCUUUAGGGCCUGUUAUAAACAAGCCCCUUCAAAUGCUGCACAGACUGGCUGUGUUGUCUGAGAAGCAGCUUGCAACUGGACUGCAUGGAUCUGCAGAGCUGAAGAGCAAACAUGAAGGUGAGCCAUUUAGAACUAUAGCCUACUGCAGAUGGCGGUGUUAUUGAAUGAUACAAACACACUAGUUAGAAAUAUCCAGUCUGACACACAGGCCUUUACCACUGCCAAAAUAUGUGAACAAACUAGUAUCCUUUGCAAACGCAUGCUGUUUUUCUCGAUUCAAUAUGUUUUCUAUUGCAUUGAAACAUUUGUUCAGUAAAUCCCGUGUAAUAAUUUGGUUGUAGGACCUAUGUUAGUGUUUAUGAGGUUUGUCUUUAUCUCUCGUUGAGGUUGCACUACAGGUCUUUUGGAAGCAGCAAAUGUGUCUGUAAAAUGUCCCAAUUUAAACGUAAUACUUGCAAGACAAGGUGGGAUCUUUUUUUUUGUUGGUGAAAUGGAUUACGCGACAAUUGCGGUGGAAACGCUUUUGUGCGCAAAUGUUUAUAUAAAAACCAUAAUCGCAGUAAAUUUGUAGUGACGCGAUGUUUCAUAUGUUACCACAAGGACGUGGAAAAACAUGCUGAGUUUAUAGACAGAUGGAAUAAGUUAUUAUGAACUUUAUAAUUUAUUUCUUGACUGAACUUAUGGUGAUUAGGUGCACACUGAUAAGCUUCAUGCAAAUGUUCACUAAAUAUCGAGGAUGGGCUAUUAUUUGAAUUAUGUUAGUGACAUGGUAGGUGCUUAGCUGCCAAUAAUCAAAUAAAAAUGAUCUGGCGUUUAUCUAGCCCAAACCCCGCCUGAUGGCGAUAUUGAGUCGUUUCCUCUUAUUGUCCAAAGUGAAUGCACGCAGAUGGGUAUACAUUUGUAUCCCCGUGGACCUGUUCGUACAUAAAACAUUCGCAAUUCAGGCUCCAAAUGCAUCUAUUUCCUCCUAAACUCGAUUUAAUGAUAAGACUGAAAAUAUGAGUACUUUCUUCAUGAUACGCAAUUUUCCUCCAGCAAGUGGUUAAUGCCUAGUCCCGGAUAUUGCGUUCAGACUAUCAGGUUGCAGCAGUCUUGUUUAUCCCUGGCUGAACUAGGGGUGCAACAUCAGGAAGAAGUAUUAGCAUGGUGGUGGAAAAUGGUGCUUCAUAAAGAAAGUAUGCAUAUUUCCCCCGUUUUUUCCCCCGCGUUCUCGCCAUUAAAUCGAAUUAAGGAGGUCAUCGACAUCUUUGUAGCAUCUGUGACAUAACCAUCAGUAGAGUUGAAAAUGCAAUGGAAAUCCAUUUAACUUAACUGCAAAAGUGUGUAUAUAUAUAUAUAUGAUUAUUUGUCAAAUAAAUAAAAAUAGCUUACUGCACCUGGUAUUCCCAUGCGGUAGUCUGUCCCAGUACUAACCAGGCCCGACCCUGAACAGGUGUGUUCAGGGUGGUAGGGGCACAAACACAGUUCGACUGACAACCGUCGUCAGCUUGCAGGCGCCCGGCCCUGUCACAAGGGGUUGCUAGAGCACGAUGAGCCAAGGAAAGCCCCAGCGGCCAAACCAUCCCCUACCACGGACGGCGCUGGGCCAAUUGUGUGCAGUGCUUUUGGCCGCUGCGCCACCCAGGUCCAAACUUUUUUUUAAAUGUAUACUACAUCAUCACGCACAGCCUUUUAUCCGCAACAUGUCAGUGUUGAUGAACAUCCCUCUGGAGGGAAAAUUUGCAUAUCGUUUUUACGCAGAUUUUAGAAUAUUCAAGUGAAAAUCUGUCGCCAGUUGGACAGAAACCUAGGUAUUGUAAUAAAUUAAUCAGUCACUUGUGUCAUUGCCUCCACCAGGUAAAAGCUAAACUAUGUGGCUGCCUGUUGGCUCUGGGUCUUGGAGUAGGCCUCUCCCAAUACCAGUCUAAAAGUCACACAAAGCAUCACAUUCAGCAGGGCAGGUCAACCAUAGUCCACCUGUUUGAGUGGCGCUGGAAUGACAUAGCUGAAGAGUGUGAGCGAUAUCUGGGACCCAAUGGAUUUGAUGGAGUGCAGGUAUGCCUAUGUGUUUUUCUUCCAGGCAACAGUACAGUCAAAUCACAUUGUAUUUCUGUUGGAAGACCGCUUCUACUUUUAAAGUCUAUUACAACAUUUAUGUAUAAGAUCUGAUGACCCAGCCUCCACUGUUAACACUAUUGAUAAUAUAGAUCAUGUGUACAUACAGUAUAGAUGCACAUCAGCGGAGGCUGCUGAGGGGAGGACGGCUCAUAAUAAUGGCUGGAAUGGAGUCAAUGGAAUGGUAUCAACCACAAGGAAACCACUUGUUUGGUACCAUUCCAUUAACUCCAUUCCAGACAUUAUUAUGUGCCAUCCUCCCUUCAGCAGCCUCCACUGUUGGAAUGGAAUAAAUGGAACAGUAUCAAACAGAUCAAACAUAUGGAAACCACGUUUCACUCCGUUCCAUUGAUUCUAUUCCAGCCUCUACAAUGAGCCCAUCCUCCUAUAGCUCCUCCCACCAGCCUCCACUGAUACACAUGUACAGUAGAUAUUCCUCAUAGAAAUGACUGAUAAUUUAUAUAUUUUACAGACUAUAUUCUUCAUGUAUCACAACCGGCCGUGAUUGGGAGUCCCAUAGGGCGGCGCACAAUUGGCCCAGCGUCGUUCGGGUUUGGCCGGUGUAGGCCGUCAUUGUAAAUAAGAAUUUGUUCUUAAAUGACUUGCCUAGUUAAAUAAAGGUAAAAUAAAAUAAAAUAUAAAUGUGUUGUACUAGAUCUCCCCUCCCAGUGAGAACGUGGUGGUGACUAAACCAUGGAGACCGUGGUGGGAGAGGUACCAGCCAGUCAGCUACAACCUCUGUUCUCGCUCUGGAACCCAACAGGAGCUCCGAGACAUGGUCUGCAGGUGCAACAAUGUCGGGGUAAUGAUGAUGGAACAUGAUUCCUUUGAAUUCAUUUAUAGAAGGAAAAGUGGACAUGGUUAUAUACAUUUUGAGAAAAAGGCCUUGGUCCAAUCAUUUCUCACUCUUUCUAAAACUAUCUUAUUGGUUAUGCAAUGGUUUGCUUGAGAAGAGAUAUCAUUUAACUCAUUUGUACUAGAGGGAUGUACCGAAUUUCUGUUUUAAUUGUUAAGGAAGGAACACGACUGCCCACAGAUACUGUGCUGUAUGCGUUUUGACCUCUCAUUGUAUAGAUCUAUUUGAAUUGUGUGAGCCUUAUAUUGAGACACGACAUGUACAGUGCCUUCAGAAAGUAUUCACACCCCCUGACUUUUUCCACAUUUUGUUGUGUUACAGCCUGAAUUUAAAAUGGAUUAAAUUGAGAUGUUGUGUCACUAACCUACACACAAUACCCCAUAAUGUCAAAGUGGAAUUAUGUUUUUAGAUUCUUUUAAACAAAUUAAUUAAAAAUAAAAAGCAGAAAUGUUUUGAGUCAAUAAGUAUUCACCCCUUUGUUAUGGCAUGCCUAAAUAAGUUCAGGAGUAAAAAUUUGAUUAACAAGUCACAUAAUAAGUUGCAUGGACUGCAAUAAUAGUGUUUAACAUGAUUUUUUUUAUGAUUACCUCAUCUCUGUACCCCACACAAUUAUCUGUAAGGUCCCUCAGUCGAGCAGUGAAUUUCAAACACAGAUUAUACCACAAUGACCAGGGAGGUUUUCCAAUGCCUCGCAAAGAAGGGCACCUAUUGGAAAGAAGGGCACCUAUUGGAAAGAAGGGCACCUAUUGGUACAGUAGAUACUGAAUAACCAUUUGAGCAUGGUGAAGUUAUUAAUUACACUUUGGAGGGUGUAUCAAUACACCCGGUCACUACAAAGAUACAGGCGCCCUUCCUAACUCAGUUGCCGGAGAGGAAGGAAACCGCUCAGGGAUUUCACCAUGAGGCCAAUGGUGACUAUAAAACAGUUACAAUGUUUAAUGGCUGUGAUAGGAGAAAACUGAGGAUGGAUCAACAACAUUGUAGUUACUCCAGAAUGCUAACCUAAAUGACAGAGCGAAAAAAAGGAAGCCGGUACAGAAUAAAAAUAAUACAAAACAUGCAUCCUGUUCGCAAUAAUAUUUUCAAUCAUGGUGGUGGCUGCAUCAUGUUAUUUAUAUGCUUUUCAUCGGCAAGGAAUAUAGUUUUUUUUAGGGUAAAAAGAAACGGAAUAAAGCUAAGCACAGGCAAAAUCCUAGAGGAAAACCUGGUUCAGUCUGCUUUCCAACAGACACUGGAAGACAAAUUCACCUUUCAGAAGGACAAUAAAAUAAAACACAAGGCCAUAUAUACACUGGAGUUGCUUACCAAGACGACAUUUAAUGUUCCUGAGUGGCCUAGUUACAGUUUUGACUGAAAUCAGCUUGAAAAUCUAUGGCAAGACUUGAAAAUGGCUGUCUAGCAAUGAUCAUCAACCAACUUGACAAAGCUUGAAGAAUUAUGUGGAAAUGAAUUACCCAGACUUACCCAGAAAGACUCACAGCUAUAAUCACUGCCAAAGGUAAUUCUAACAUGUAUUGACUCAGGGGUGUGAGAUAUUUCUGUGUAGACAUUUUUCAAUAUAUUUGCAAAAAUUUCUAAAAACAUGUUUUCACUCUCAUUACUGAUUAUUCUGUGUAGUACAUUUUUAUUUACACUGAGCAAAAAUAUAAACGCAACAAUUUAAACGAUUUUACUGAGUUACAUUUCAUGUAAAGAAAUCAUUACAUUGAAAUAAAUUCAUUAGGCCCUAAUCUAUGGAUUUCACAUGACUGGGAAUACAGAUAUGCAUCUGUUGUCCACAGAUACCUUUAAAAAAAGGUAGGGGUGUGGAUCAGAAAACCAGUCAGUAUCUGGUGUGACCACCAUUUGCCUCAUGCAGUGCGACACAUCUCCUUCGCAUAGAGUUGUUGAGGCUGUUGAUUGUGGCCUGUGGAAUGUUGUCCCACUCCUCUUCAAUGGCUGUGCAAAGUUGCUGGAUAUUGGCAGAAACCGGAACACUCUGUCGUACACGUCGAUCCAGAGCCUUCCAACAUGCUCAAUGAGUGACAUGUCUGGUGAAUAUGCAGGCCAUGGAAGAACUGGGACAUUUUCAGCUUCCAGGAAUUGUGUACAGAUCCUUGCGACAUGGGGCUGUGCAUUAUCAUGCUGAAACAUGAAGUGAUGGCGGCGGAUGAAUGGCACGACAAUGGGCCUCAGGAUCUCAUCACGGUAUCUCUGUGCAUUCAAAUUGCCAUUGAUAAAAUACAAUUGUGUUCAUUGUCCCUAGCUUAUGCCUGCCCAUAUCGUAACCCCAUCGCCACCAUGGGGCACUCUGUUCACAACGUUGACAUCACCAAACCACUCGCCCACACAAUGCUAUACACGCUGUCUGCCAUCUGCCCGGUACAGUUGAAACUGGAAUUCAUCCAGCGUGUCAGUGGCCAUCGAAGGUGAGCAUUUGCCCACUGACGUCGGUUACGAUGCCGAACUGCAGUCAGGGCAAGACCCUGGUGAGGACGACGAGCAUGCGGAUGAGUUUCCCUGAGACGGUUUCUGAUAGUUUGUGCAGAAAUUAUUUGGUUGUGCAAACCCACAGUUUCAUCAGCUGUCCGGGUGGCUGAUCUCAGACGAUCCCGCAGGUGAAGGUCGGAUGUGGAGGUCCUGGGCUGGCGUGGUUACAUGUAGUCUUCGGUUGUGAGGCCGGUUGGGCGUACUGCCAAAUUCUCUAAAACGACAUUGGAGGCGGCUUAUGGUAGAGAAAUUAACAUUUAAUUAUCUGGCAACAGCUCUGGUGGACAUUCCUGCAGUCAACAUGCCAAUUGCACGCUCCCUCAAAACUUGAGACAUCUGUGGCAUUGUGUUGUGUGACAAAACUGCACAUUUUAGAGUGUCCUUUUAUUGUCCCCGCACAAGGUGCACCUGUGUAAUGAUCAUGCUGUUUAAUCAGCUUCUUGAUAUGUCACACCUGUCAGGUGGAUGGAUUAAAUUUGAGUACAACAUUUGAGAGAAAUAAGCUUUUUGUGCGUGUGGAACAUUUCUGGAAUCUUUUGUUUCAGCUCAUAAAACAUGGGACCAACACUUUACAUGUUUAUAUUUUUGUUCAGUAUAUUUAAUACAUUUUGAAUUCAGGCUGUAACACAAGAACAUUUGGAAUAAGUCAUUGGGUAUAAAUACUUUCUGAAGGCACUGUAUAAAUCAUAUCUAAAUAUAAAGUUCUGGUGUGAAUUGUACUGUAUGCCUUUAGAUCUCUCAUUGUAGAUCCAUGAAAAUAGCGUGAACUACUGCUAUGAAUGGAUAUGAUAUCUGUUUGAAUAGUGAACUACAUUCAUGUAUCAGUAUUAGUGUGGUUAUGAACACAUCUCCCUCUGCAGGUGAAGAUCUAUGCAGACGUGGUCAUUAAUCACAUGUGUAUGUCUGGCGCGGGCGAGGGGGAGGGCAGACGCCGUUCGACCUGUGGCUCAUACUUCAAUGCCAGCAAGAGGGAGUUCCCAUCUGUGCCCUACUCCGCUUCCCACUUCAACAAUGACAAAUGCACCACCAGCAGCAGAAAUAUUGAGACUUUCCAAGACAUUUAUCAGGUAUAAUUUCAGAGAGAAAAUAAAUAGGAUAACUUCUUGUAAAUACCACUAGACACUGAUAGAGACGUAUUAUGUUCUCUCUCUCUGCAAACCUCUUUUUUAAAAUCACGUAAUGUAAUAUAAACCCAGAGAUCAUACAAUGUAUUGCUUUGGCAUUUCAACCCACCAGGUGCGGAACUGUCGUCUGCUAGGUCUUCUGGACCUGGCGCAGGACAAGGAGCAUGUGAGGGAGAGGAUAGUGGACUACAUGAACAGGCUGGUGGACAUGGGUAUAGCAGGUUUCAGGGUGGACGCAUGUAAACACAUGUGGCCUAGGGACCUGAAGAACAUCUACAGCAGACUUCACAACCUCAACACCACCUGGUUCACACAGGGAUCCAGACCACUCAUUUACCAAGAGGUGGGAAUGAGAAAUGUCCAUAUGUUGACUUAUUGUACUUGUAUAAUGUAUUUAAGUAGGCAAUGUGUUCUGUUGUUUUGGCCUGUUAUGUAUCAUUUUUGAUUGCUUACAAUAUGUUUAUUUAUUCAAAACAACAGGCUAGUCUAGCAAAUAUUUUAUAUAUACCUUUUGUCAUGCGUUUCUUGUAAGUGACAAUUAAACAUUAAUGCUGCAGAUUUAGGAAUUUAUCAAUCAGCUUCUGACAUUUAAGCUGUAGGCCUACUGUGGGCACCAUGUUUAUUUGUGUGAUUUAGCAAAAACACUGCAAAUCCAACAGGAACACAUGCCCAUUUUCUCUUCAAGGUUAUCGACCUAGGUGGCGAGCCGAUAAAAGCGACAGACUACUCUGGACUGGGCCUCGUCACAGAGUUCAAGUAUGGUGCUAUGCUGGGCUCUGUCAUCCGCAAGUGGAACCAACGGAAACUCUCUGACCUCAAGUAUGAUUUGGCAUGCCUGCCAAAUGGCACCCUAUUCCCUAUGUUCCUUGCUGGUCAAAUGUAGUGUACUAUGAAGUUAAUACGGUGCCAUUUGGGAUGCACACACAUAGUAUAACAUCUUGCCUUGGUCUAAGAAUAUAAAUAUGGCAGAUUGUAUAUCAGCAAAUUCUCAAAUAUAUGUUGAACCCUCAGCAUGUAUGACUGAAGUAUAUUGUCUCGGUUACUACAUAACCCUGGUUCUCUGAUGGAGAGAACAAAACAUCACUGAAAGAGAACCCGCUUGUGAUACUGUGAGAAUCGGACUAUUCUGAGGUGAAAAUUAGCUUCUUGUCUGUUGUUUCAGGACGUGUGGUGAGAGCUGGGAUCUGCUGCCCUCAGGCGAGGCGCUGGUGUUUGUGGAUAACCAUGACAACCAGAGAGGGCAUGGUGCAGGAGGGGCCUCCAUCCUCACAUUCUGGGAGCCCAGGUAGGGACCAUACUGUAGAAUCUGAUUAUAUAUAUUGUAUAAGUAUAGACAAAUUAUUUAUAUCAUAUCCUCAGAAUGUAUAAGAUGGCCGUGGCUUUCAUGCUGGCCCAUCCCUAUGGAGUUACAAGAGUGAUGUCAAGCUACUGGUGGGAUAAACAUGUUGUGGAUGGAAAGGUAUGCUUCUGACAGUCUAAACCUCUGAAAAGUUCUGUUGACGUCUCUUAAACCACAACACUUUAGAUCUUAAACCUUGCACAUUGUGUAUGACCACAGUCACUUGACUAUGGUCAAUGUGACUGCUCGCCUCACGGUCGUGCUGUUCGUCUUGCUACCUGUCUGUCGGUCAGGACCAGAAUGAUUGGAUAGGUCCUCCCAGCUUCCCUGACGGCUCCACCAAGCCUGUCCCUAUCCAGCCAGAUGGCAGCUGUGGGGAGGGCUGGGUGUGUGAACACCGAUGGCCCACAAUCAGGUGACAGUUUAAACCUCCAGAUCUCAGUCAGUCAAUCAUGUUGAAUAGUAUUGUAUUGACCUACUAUAAAGGGUAACACUUUAUUUGAAGGGUACCUUCAACAAGGACUUCAUAACACGUUCAUAAGCAAUACGUAAAGCUUUCUUAAAAAGUGUGUAAGCGUCUCAAAAAUGUGGUCGUUGACAUAAGCAUCUUAUGAUAGUAUUAUAUUAAGUAUUAAUGUAGGUCCCCUUCAAACAAAGCGUUAUCCAGUAAUGUGAGCAGUUUGACCUGGUCAAUGUACAGUUAUUUUGUAUGUGCGCUUAAUGGUGGUUAUUAUUUUGCUGAACUGCUCUCUCUCUCCAUGUAGAAAUAUGGUGAUGUUCCGUAAUGUUGUUGAUGGGGAGCCGUUGUCUAACUGGUGGGACAAUGGGGGGAACCAGAUAGCUUUUGGACGAGGCAACCAAGGCUUCAUAGUUAUCAACAAUGAUAACUGGUAUGUGAGUUUCACCAUAUGGAAGAAGUUGUAGAUAACACAUUUGCAGACAUUUAAAUGAAUGCCAUUAAUUAAUUUGUUAGAGGACAUUUUGAUGGUCCAUUUUUGAUCGAAAGGGAAGCACUGUUUGAUGGAAUUGACAAAUACUAAUAAGAUGAUCUUUGAAUGGGUAAGGAAAUCAAUUCCAUAACAUAGUAGCAGUCAUCCUACAAUAAUUGUAUGUAACACUGAACUCUUUCCUAUUAUUCAGUUCCCUGGAUGUGAUGCUGUCCACCGGCCUUCCUGGAGGAACCUACUGUGAUGUCAUCUCCGGUCAGAGGUCAGGGGGGCGUUGCUCGGGGAAACAGGUUACCGUUGGAGGGGAUGGGAGAGCACACUUCACCAUCAGCCCCUCUGACCCGGACCCUGUCAUAGCCAUUCACACACACUCUAAGCUAGAGUAGGAGCUAAUAACACUGCACUUUGAACCACAGACUAUGAUAUUAUAGUUAAUGUAUCAUUACUGUAUUUCAAGUGUUCUUUCUAUCGAUGUUUGGAAAGAUGAUGAUGAUGGAUGAUUAAGCAAUAAGGUA